AUGCCCGCGACCCGCCGCAAGGCUUCUGAGGUGGACGACGUUGACAACGCCGAGAAUGUGGCCCGUGCGCUAUUCUCGAAGCGGUCAAAGGGUGCCGAUUUGAAGGGUGAUAUUAGCAAGAGCUUCACCAAGCCGCCCACCUUCACCCUAGCCAAGGCGUCGCCCUCUCCAGCGUUCAGGGAUGUCCUCAGCACCCCCAGCCGGCCCUCGUCUACCCCUCUGUCACGGAACAUCCUCAAGCCCAAAUCACCUACCGCUCAACUCAAGGCCAAGACCGCAGCAGCAGCACCAGCCCCCUCGCCGCUGACGGCCCCCGCCGGCCGCUCGCCAACCCGCCCUUCCAAGCGCGUGGGCAUCCUCUCCCGCCGCCGCAACCAGCGCCCGGACCCCCCCGCAUUCUCCCUGAAGGCGGGCGUCCCGUUCUCUCUCGAUACCGCCCUCAAGGGCACCAUCCCCGGCUACUCGGGCAGCUCGCGCCCCAGCAAGACCAGGCGCAGGACCACUCCGGCCUCCAGCGCCGCCCUCGACUUCUUCAUCCCCACGGCAGACCAGGCGUCCCGCAUGCACGGCACCUGCACCCUUGACAUCAGCAGCGACGAGGAGUCAGAGAGCCGCGCGAAGCGCGACCGUGCCGAGGGCCGGGACAAGGAGAACAUCCCGCCCCCGGAGGACGUCAGCCAGACAUCCUCCGCACGGGGCGCCUCGCGUGAUGCCGUCGACAUUGACGAGGACGUACUCCUGCUCAAGGGGCGCGGCCCGCUCUGCGAGAUGAACGUGGUGGAUUUCUACGCCGACGGGUGCGACAGCUCCAGCGUGUUCAUCAUCCCUGGUGACGAGGAGGAUCCCGAGGCGGUGGUCAAUGAGGGGACAGUCGGCCAAAGCGCGCAGCAACCACACGAGCUGCCAUCUCUCCCGGAAGAUGGGGAAGAGGAGCAGCGGUGGCUUGCCGAAGAGCGCUUGACCCAGAUGCUACCACCGCAGGUCAGCCUGGGCGACGUCGACGGGGUCGAUGUGGAUGACAUCAUGGGGGGUAGCGAGCAGCCGCAAGAAGCUGCCGGCCUUGGCCCCAUCGAGGGCGCUGGCGAGAGCUUUGAGUUGUGGGAGAGCAAUAGCGCCAAGGACGAGGGGAGUGCGCCCGCGUCCCCGUCACGGCCGUCCCCAUCGCGGCUGGACGAGGGGUCGCGGACAGCACCCGUUCUUUUGUUUUGA